GGCAGCCCUUCCAUGACAUCCCCCUUUGGUCCUUCUUCCCAAACCUAGUCUUGACUUUUUGAUACUCUCUUCCAGAACAAUCUACACACCACCGCCAAUCCCAAGCCAAUAUUACUCUUGUAAACCACCUAGUCCACCUGCCUUUUGUAGAUUCGCCACACAACGCCCCAGGAGGAGGCCUGGAAGAGACGUUUGGGUCGCUCCCAGGACAGCCUUACCGGAGUCACCAGCCCGCGGACUGGAAACUUGUGCUUUCGUCCCACAGACCACAGCCCGACAAACACAGAUUUGCGUCCUACCAAAAAUCCAUCACCAUGCUCUCCUACGAUUCCCCGAUAUCUGUCAAUGGGCCAUCCCCAGUGUCGCCAACAACCAUGUCUCCCAACCGCCCCGUCAUAUCAUCCUCCAAGCCCGUACGGCACACCAAACAGGCCGACAUAGUCAAGUCUAGCAACACUGUGCCCACCUAUACUCGCAAUCAGACCAAACACCACCACAUAUGGCUUGUAACGGGCCCUGCAGGCUGUGGGAAAAGCACUGUUGCAAAGCACAUUGCAGACUCCCUUGGCAUGUCCUACAUAGAAGGCGAUGAUUUCCACCCGCCCGCCAACAUUGAGAAGAUGAGCAAUGGCAUCCCGCUCACCGAUGCCGACCGAUGGGACUGGCUCACACGCCUUCGUGACGAGGCGUUGGCGCAGAUUCAGAUGGGCAGCAGUGGUGUUGUCGUCACUUGUUCAGCACUCAAGCGGAAAUACCGAGAUGUCAUUCGCGUGGCCCCAUACUUCUACCCCGGCGCCCAGCUCCACUUCAUCUACCUGCACGCCCCCGAGGAGGUCCUGUUGCAGCGGGUAGCGGCCCGCCAGGGCCAUUACAUGGGAGCCACGAUGGUCCGUAGCCAGUUUGAGAUCCUGGAGCCGCCGACAAAGGAGGAGCAGGAUGUCAUCAGCGUCGACGUCAGCCGGACGAUGGAGGAGGUCACCCGUGAUGCGCUUGACCAGACCGUGAGGAAGUUGGCCGAGGAUGCGGCAUGAGCUCCCUUUCGCGCACAGAACAGCAUGUCGUUCUACACCAGGUCUCGAACGCCAUGUUCGAGUAUGCAUAUCCUUCCGGGGAGAAUAAUUGGCGCACUGUUUGUAAGGUCGGGGCGGGAUUCCGGCGGGCAAAAAAGCCAAGGAGUCUUGGGGUCAUUUGAUAUUGGGAAUCGCAUUUACACAGCCGCUGCCACAGAGUCGUGGCAAUUCAAUACCAACACUAGCGUUCAUGAUAUAUCUUGCGGUCGACAUCCGCACACUGUACCCUGUACUUCGGAAGAGGAAUCAAGACAGUCCUGAUUGGACUAAUCACUUCUAAGAUGAGAACGUCAUAUGGACGGCUCCUCAAGUGCCUCAACUUGGUAGAAAAGAACAACUUGAAGAAUGAGAAAAACAGCGCAGCCAGUAUCAGCGCAAGCAGUACUGCACCAUGGCUAGCUCACUUGCAGCUGCAGUCUUUGGAAACAGAAUAGCCAAAUUAUGUAAACGUUUUAUAACGAAGAACAACGGCAAUGUAUCAU